CUUUCAUCUACUUGCCUCCUCGCCUACAAACCAAUCCUUGAGAAGCAAUUCGAUCUGCAGCAGGCAGAGCAUAUAGCUAGACGCAGCAGGAAGAAACAGCUAUGGCGGCUUCCAGGUCCCAGCUUCUGUUCUUCGUUGCGGUUGCGGCAAUGGCCUCGCUGUCGCUGCUCCACCCCUGCGAUUCCAUCGAGUUCCAUCGCAAGCUCUCCGGCUGGUCCAGCGACGGCGGCGCGACGUGGUACGGCGCCGCUACUGGGGCUGGAAGCGAUGGUGGCGCGUGCGGCUACCAGGGUGCCGUCGACCAGGCGCCGUUCUCGUCCAUGAUCGCCGCCGGCAGCCCUUCCAUCUACAAGUCCGGCAUGGGCUGCGGCUCUUGCUUCCAGGUGAAAUGCACCGGCAAUGACGCUUGCUCCGACAACCCGGUGACCGUCGUGAUCACCGACGAGUGUCCGGCCGGCGGCCCGUGCACGAACGAGCCGGUCCACUUCGACCUGAGCGGGACGGCGUUCGGCGCCAUGGCCAAGCCCGGCCAGGCCGACAAGCUGCGCGCCGCCGGUGUCCUCAAAGUCCAGUACACCCGCGUGCCGUGCAGCUGGCCCGGCGUGCAGCUAACCUUCGUCGUGGACGCCGGCUCGAACCCCAACUACCUCGCCGUGCUCGUCAAGUACCAGAACGGCGACGGCGACCUCUCCGGCGUCGAGCUGAUGCAGACCGGCGCCGGGGCGGCGUGGGCGCCCAUGCAGCAGUCGUGGGGCGCCGUCUGGAAGUACAACGCCGGGUCGGCGUUGCAGGCGCCCUUGUCAAUCCGCCUGACCUCCAGCUCCGGCAAGCCGCUCGUCGCCAGCAACGUCAUCCCCGUCGGGUGGAAGCCCGGCUCCGCCUACCAGUCGGCGGUCAACUACUGAUGGUCGAUCGAUAUAGCCGUAACGUUGUGUGCCGAGUGCACGUGUGUAGUAUCUAUCUGCGUACUGUUUGUGUGUUUGGACUUACAAGUGAUCACAACAGUGGUUGCAUUGGCAAAGACUAAUUGGAAGUAAUAAGGGCAGGAUAGGCAGAGGAGGAGGAGGCGCAGGUGUGUGCGAGCAUAGUUCUCCCCUCUUCGCCGACACGUGUUGUGUAUGUGUGUGUGUAUCAUUGUUUGUAUGGCAGCUCGGUAUCACUGCUGAAUGGAAUACUAAGACUUGUGUGU